AUGGGACUCAUCGUAAACUCGCUGCCCAAGUACUCGGGCCCGUAUCCUGUAGCAACAGCCGACCUCGAACUCGCCGUCGCCACUCCUCGCUCGUUUGGCCAUGCUGUCCUCAAAUCGACGAAGCAGCCCGCUCUCCAGCUCGAUACCGUCCUCGUGACACUGUUCUAUCCUGCCGACUCGACGCAGCGGGGAUCAGGGAAGAGGCAGCACUGGUUGCAGCGGCCUUUGGGACAGACGGCGGAGGGUUACGCACGCUUUCUCGGCCAGAAACCCUGGCUCGUCAAGGCGCUCUUCUGGCUCGUCGGAGCUGGAGUUCGUCUCCCUGUCCAGGCGGACAGGCCGCUCGCUCCGAAGAAGGCGGAGGAUGACACGACGAGCGAGGGACGGUCGGCAACCUCCUCACACGACACGGUGGUCGACGGCGCACUGGCUGGCGAGAAGGACCGCUUCCCUCUCGUUGUCUUCUCGCAUGGAUUGAGCGGGACUAGAACGACGUACAGUCAAUGGUGCGGCGAGAUCGCGUCGAAAGGCUACAUCGUCGCUGCUAUCGAGCACCGCGACGGCUCAGGCCCAGUCUCGGUAGUCAGGUCAGGCGACGGAAAGGAGCGGAUCGUCGACUAUAUCCGGCCAGAGCACCUCGAGUGGCCAGCCGGACACUCGCCUCAGUCGGCGAUGCAGUUCCGCUCGUCGCAGCUCUCGAUGCGCCUCGCGGAGAUCACAUCCGUCCUCUCGCUCAUGCAGCGGUUGAACGACGGCGACGGCGGGGCAGUCGCGAAGGAGAACCGAAGGAAGGAGUAUGGGGAGGGGAAAUCGCUGGAAGGAUGGAAGGGCCGGAUUGACAUGGAGAAGGAGGUUACGAUGGCCGGGCAUUCUUUCGGCGGCGCAACGACUAUCCAAGUCCUCCGCGCCGGCGCGACACAAUACCCGUUCAAGCGCGGUAUCGCCCUCGAUCCCUGGGCAGACCCUAUCCCUCCCGCUCCUUCGCCCGCCCCUCCUUCCUUCUCGCCACUCUCAGCAAGCGUCUCGACCAACACGACUGGCUCGAAUCCCGCUCCGACAACUUCGCCUUCGAACGGCAACGGCGGAAAAGUCCCGCUCGACAUCAACGUCCCGCUGCUCGUCGUCAACAGCGAAGCCUUCACGCUGUGGCGGCAGCACUACUCGCUUGUCAGGUACAUCGUCAAAGCUGUCGGAGGAGGCGCAGAGCGGUGGCUAAUGACUCUUGUCGGAUCGAUCCACAUCUCCUUCUCUGACCUCCCUCUCCUCCUUCCCUCGUACCUCAACCCGCGCGCCGGCUCACGCGUACCCGCCCGCCUCGCCACCUCCCGCGUCGUCGAAGCCUGCGGCGAGUUCCUCUCCGGUCAGGGAACGUCGGGCGAGAUUCUCGGACAGCGUGUAAAGGAGGGAGACGAGGAUGGAGCGAGAGAUGGAGAGGGUGGGAAAGAUGCGGAGGGGAACAAGCGCGUGAUGGAGGGCGAGGUUGGCAGCAUGCGGAUGCAUAUCGCUGGAACAGCUUAG